CUCAUCCUGUGGACGCAGACUUGAUGACCCCACAGUGACCUCAACAGCAGGAACUGGAAGUAGCUUCUCUGCUGGACUCAGUCGUCUCAACAUCCUGGUGGCCCAGAGACUGGCUCAGGAGCAGGCAGAGAAGAAGGAGGGGCAGUGUUCUGUCACCUCCAACUCUGUCACCACGACGACCGGAGGUGACUUGGAGACAAAGCAGAGGCGCAAAUCCUACUUGACCCCGGUUCGUGAUGAGGAGGCGGAGGCUCAGAGGAAGGCUCGAUCCAGACAUGCCAGACAGUCACGACGAUCCACUCAGGGCGUGACGCUCACAGACCUGCAGGAAGCUGACAAGACAAUGAAGACAGCCCAGACGGACGAAGGGAGAGAGAAAACAAGGAAAGAGGAGGAGGAGGAGGCGGCCAAUAAGAAGAGAGCAGAAGAGGGGGAGGUAAGCUGGAGGUCCCGUAUCGCCAACCUGCAGAAGUCUGACCUGCUGGGACUGACUCAACCGGAUGGUACCUCUCGCCCCCCGACCUCUAGCCAGGAGACUAGUGGAGGGGAACGUGAGAGCGACCGUAUCGCCAGGGAGAGACGGAGGACCAGGAGGAGAGCUCAGAGGGCCGGAGAGACUGAUGACAAUGAGCCCAGUGGAGAGGAGGGGUUUGGAGGCAGUGGGCGCGCCAGCACCAGGUCUGACGUGUCAUGUAACGACUGUAUCGACAGAGGAGGCUCUGAGACCAACGAUUACAAGAAGCUGUUUGAGGUGGUGACCAGGGAGAAUGGUCAACUCCAGACUCAGCUGCAGGACACCCAGAGGACCGUCUCUCAGACUAGACUGGACCUGGACAAGGCUACCCAGAGACAGGAGCGCUUCAGUGAUUGUUCGGCAAUGCUAGAGAUGGAGAAGAAGGAGCGUCGGAUGUUGGAGCGGCGUGUGGCUGAGCUGGAGGCAGAGUUGAAGGUGCUCGGUGACCUGAGAGCUGACAACCAGAGGCUGAAAGACGAGAACGGAGCGCUGAUCAGAGUCAUCAGUAAACUCUCCAAAUAGACGGAGAGAACGAGAUACAACAGGGAUGCCCCCUUGCUUCCUCCCAUCAUCCCUCCCUCCUGUCCAUCCACUCCUCUCAGUGCCAAAGAACAAGAGGGAGAGAGAGGUGGCGGGGGGGGGAACAGAUGAAGAGCAGCAGGAUAAUUUUUUUUUUACCUUUAUUUUACCUUUAUUUUACCAGGCAAGUCAGUUAAGAACAAAUUCUUAUUUUCUAUGACGGCCUGGGAACAGUGGGUUAACUGCCUGUUCAGGGGCAGAACGACAGAUUCUGUACCUUGUCAGCUCGGGGGUUUGAACUCUCAACCUUCCGGUUACUAGUCCAACGCACUAACCACUAGGCUACACUGCCGCCCCAGAAUGUGGUAAUCUAAACAGCUUCACCUGAUUGAUUGUGACGUCUCUUGUUCCUUCGUCCUCCUGACCGGUCGCCGUGGCUUGUUGUUUGUGUGUGCCUUAUGCCCACUUUGAGGACAGCCAUGACAACUGUGGUCAUGACAACAACUCGCAUAGCAGCAACGAGACGUGACAACAGCCAAAUGCCCAUAACGUUGUGCACCAGGGAGAAAAACACCAAUAUUCACACAGACAUAUAUAUUCUACACACACACACACACACACACACACACACACACACACACACACACACACACACACACACACACACACACACAGAAACACACACACACACACACACAGAAACACACACACACAGAAACACACACACACACACAACACACCCUUCCAUGCACAUUGGACCGGUCCAAGGCAUCUUGUUCCCUCUACAUCGACUCCAUCCAUAACAUGGAUCUAUACCAUAGACCAUACCCUGAAUCUAUUCCAUGGAUCAUACCCUGGAUCCAUACCCUGGAUCUAUACCAUAGACCAUACCCUGGAUCUAUACCAUAGACCAUACCCUGGAUCCAUACCCUGGAUCUAUACCAUAGACCAUACCCUGGAUCCAUACCCUGGAUCUAUACCAUAGACCAUACCCUGGAUCUAUACCAUAGACCAUACCCUGGAUCUAUUCCAUAGACCAUACCCUGGAUCCAUACCCUGGAUCUAUACCAUAGACCAUACCCUGGAUCUAUACCCUGGAUCUAUUCCAUAGACCAUACCCUAGAUCUAUACCCUGGAUCUAUUCCAUAGACCAUACCCUGGAUCUAUACCCUGGAUCUAUUCCAUAGACCAUACCCUAGAUCCAUUCCAUAGACCAUACCCUGGAUCCAUACCCUGGAUCUAUACCAUGGAUCCAUACCCUGGAUCUAUUCCAUAGACCAUACCCUGGAUCCAUACCCUGGAUCCAUACCAUAGACCAUACCCUGGAUCCAUACCAUAGACCAUACCCUGGAUCCAUACCAUAGACCAUACCCUGGAUCUAUACCCUAGACCGUACCCUGGAUCUAUACCAUAGACCAUACCCUGGAUCCAUACCAUAGACCAUACCCUGGAUCUAUACCCUAGACCAUACCCUGGAUCCAUACCAUAGACCAUACCCUGGAUCUAUACCCUAGACCGUACCCUGGAUCUAUACCAUAGACCAUACCCUGGAUCCAUUCCAUAGACCAUACCCUGGAUCCAUAUCAUAGACCAUACCCUGGAUCCAUACCAUAGACCAUACCCUGUAUCUAUACCCUGGAUCCAUACCCUAGACCAUACCCUGGAUCCAUACCCUGGAUCUAUACCAUAUACCAUACCCUGGAUCUAUACCCUAGACCAUACCCUGUAUCCAUACCCUAGACCAUACCCUGGAUCCAAACCAUAGACCAUACCCUGGAUCCAUACCCUAGACCAUACCCUGGAUCCAAACCAUAGACCAUACCCUGGAUCCAUUCCAUAGACCAUACCCUGGAUCUAUACCAUAGACCAUACCCUGGAUCCAUACCAUAGUCCAUACCCUGGAUCCAUACCAUAGACCAUACCCUGGAUCCAUACCAUAGACCAUACCCUUGAUCCAUUCCAUAGACCAUACCCUGGAUCUAUUCCAUAGACAAUACCCACACCAUAGACCAUGCCCCGGAUCCAUACCUAGACCAUACCCUGGAUCUAUACCAUAGACCAUACCCUGGAUCGAUUCCAUAGACCAUACCCUGGAUCCAUUCCAUAGACCAUACCCUGGAUCUAUACCAUAGACCAUACCCUGGAUCCAUUCCAUAGACCAUACCCUUGAUCCAUUCCAUAGACCAUACCCUGGAUCUAUUCCAUAGACAAUACCCUGGAUCCAUUCCAUAGACCAUACCCUGGAUCCAUUCCAUAGACCAUACCCUGGAUCUAUACCAUGGAUCCAUACCCUGGAUCUAUUCCAUAGACCAUACCCUGGAUCCAUACCCUGGAUCCAUACCAUAGACCAUACCCUCGAUCCAUACCAUAGACCAUACCCUGGAUCCAUACCAUAGACCAUACCCUGGAUCUAUACCCUAGACCAUACCCUGGAUCUAUACCAUAGACCAUACCCUAGAUCCAUACCUAGACCAUACCCUGGAUCCAUUCCAUAGACCAUACCCUGGAUCUAUUCCAUAGACCAUACCCUGGAUCCAUUCCAUAGACCAUACCCUGGAUCCAUACCAUAGACCAUACCCUGGAUCUAUACCAUAGACCACACCCUGGAUCCAUACCCUGGAUCUAUUCCAUAGACCAUACCCUGGAUCUAUACCCUGUAUCUAUUCCAUAGACCAUACCCUGGAUCUAUACCCUAGAUCUAUUCCAUAGACCAUACCCUAGAUCUAUUCCAUAGACCAUACCCUGGAUCUAUUCCAUAGGCCAUACCCUGGAUCCAUACCCUGGAUCUAUUCCAUAGACCAUACCCUGGAUCAUUCCAUAGACCAUACCCUGGAUCUAUUCCAUAGACCAUACCCUGGAUCUAUACCUUAUACCAUACCCUGGAUCUAUACCCUAGACCAUACCCUGGAUCCUUACCAUAGACCAUACCCUGGAUCCAUACCAUAGACCAUACCCUGGAUCCAUACCAUAGACCAUACCCUGGAUCCAUUCCAUAGACCAUACCCUGGAUCUAUACCCUGGAUCUAUUCCAUAGACCAUACCCUGGAUCUAUACCAUAGACCAUACCCUGGAUCCAUACCCUGGAUCUAUUCCAUAGACCAUACCCUGGAUCUAUACCAUAGACCAUAACCUGGAUCUAUACCAUAGACCAUACCCUGGAUCUAUACCCUGGAUCCAUACCCUGGAUCCAUUCCAUAGACCAUACCCUGGAUCCAUACCCUGGAUCUAUACCAUAGACCAUACCCUGGAUUCAUACCCUGGAUCUACAUCCUGGAUACAUACCUCUUAAUCUGGUAGUGUCUUUCAUCAAUGUGUUUUGAACCCACCACUCCUCCUCCUCACACACUACUAAAGUCCACAUCCCAAAUAGCACCCUAUCCAAUAUGUAGUGGAUUACUUUAGGGCUCCAGUCAAAAGUAGUGCACUAAAUAGGGAAUAGGGUGCCUUUUGAGGACGUUUCCAGACCACAGACACACUCCAUGCUCCUUUAAAUGACCACAGACACACUCCAUGCUCCUUUAAAUGACCACAGACACACUCCAUGCUCCUUUAAAUGACCACAGACACACUCCAUGCUCCUUUAAAUGACCACAGACACACUCCAUGCUCCUUUAAAUGACCACAGACAGAGCAGUCUGUUGACCACUGCACUUUACUUACAAUCAGGCAGGCAAAGCUAAGCGAUCACAGAUCAGUGCAGCACCAGGCAAAGCUAAGCGAUCACAGAUCAAUGAAGCACCAGGCAAAGCUAAGCGAUCACAGGUAAGUGAGGCUUCGCCACCAUCCUGAGUCAUACUAUACAAAACAGCUCGUCUCCUACACGAAUCUGCAUCCCAAUAAUCUCUCCUAUCUCCUGAUGUGUGCACUCCGUCACACAUGUAAAAGUAUUGGAUAGGUGCAGGCCUGGGCUUCAAGGGGGUUUCUCCGUGUUCUUUGUACCGGGAUGCAUAGGACACCCUCCUCAGGUUUCUAUUGGCUAGGAAGGAGGGGGGGAGAGCUAGUUUACCACCUCAGACCUGAUGAUAGAGACUUGCUGUUCUGGAAAAGCCUAUAUGCUAUGCAUUGUUUUUCAUUAUUAUUAUUAUCAUGAUAAAAUAUUAUUUUCAUAUUUUUUACAUUUAUCUGAUGUCAAUCUCUCUCGCUUUGAAAGGGAGGCAAGUUGUUGGUUAUCUAUAUUAUAUUACACAUGUAUAAAUAAAUUAGAUUAGUCAUGAAUGAAUAAUAACAGCCUUCAGAAGUGAAGUCCAUGUGUGCCCCCCCCCAUGUUGGUCUAAUAUAUUAAAUGAUGACGGAACCUAAUAAACGAUGUGUGUGUGUCUGCA